AUGGCUCGUGGACCAAAGAAGCAUUUGAAGAGACUAGCAGCUCCAUCUCACUGGAUGUUGGACAAAUUGUCCGGCAAAUGGGCACCAAGACCAAGCGCUGGCCCACGUAGAUUGAGAGAGUGUCUCCCACUCGUCAUCAUCAUCAGAAACAGAUUAAAGUACGCUUUGACCGGAACUGAGGUCACUAAGAUCUUGAUGCAGAGACACGUCCAGGUCAACGGUGUUGUCAGAACCGACCCAAGAUUCCCAGUCGGUUUCAUGGACGUCAUCACCAUCGAGAAGACCAAGGAGCACUUCCGUCUGUUGUUCGACACCAAGGGACGUUUCCAACUGCAGCGCAUUCAGCCCAACGAGGCCAAGUUCAUCUUGGCCAAGGUCACCAAGGUCGAGACCGGUCUGCAAGGCAUCCCAUACGUGCACACCGACAACGGCCAGACCUUCCGCUACCCAGACCCAGCGAUCAAGAUUCACGACACUGUCAAGAUCGACUUGGACUCGCAGAAGAUCACCGCUUUCAUCCCAUUCGAGUUGAACAACUUGUGCAUGGUCACCGGCGGUCACAACUUGGGUCGUGUUGGUGUCAUCACCAACCGCGAGCGCCACCCAGGUUCAUUCGAUAUCGUUCACGUCACAGACUCUGUUGGCCACUCUUUCGCCACCCGUCUGGGCAACGUCUUUGUCAUUGGCAAGGGAUCGACCACCUUCAUUUCCUUGCUCUCAAGCAAGGGUGUCAGAAAGUCCCGUAUGGACGACCGCACUGCCGCCCUCAAGAAGCGUGGUGAGAAGGUUGAGGUCGUUGCU